CCUGGGCAACGGGGCCGGCACCGACGAGCGGCAGCUGGCUCCGCCGGCGGCUAGAGCGGCAGAGCCUCAGGAGGCGGUGGGCGGGACGGAAGUGACGUAUAGGACUUCCGGCGUGCGUGGGCGGGGCUCCGGGUCUCUUUCCUGGGAUCUCUGCAGCCAGCAUGGAAGCAAAGACUCUUGGAAGUGCAACGCCCAGAAAACCUGUCUUAUCUGUCAGUGCAAGGAAAAUUAAGGACAAUGCAGCCGAUUGGCAUAAUUUAAUCCUGAAAUGGGAAACCCUCAAUGAUGGAGGUUUUGCUACUGCAAAUAAUAUUGCCAACCUGAAAAUCAGUUUAUUGAGCAAAGACACGAUAGGAUUAGAGAGCAGCAGCCUGGCUUCUGAUGAAAAUGCAGAAAAGGAGCACCCAGAAUACAGCAGGGAGCUCGAGAUGCUGUGCGAGGGGCUGCAGACCACCCUGGAUGCUUUGACCAAAAUACAGAUGAAAAUGGAAAAGCUGUCUUCCACUACCAAGGGGAUUUGUGAACUAGAAGAUUACCAUUACGGGGAGGAGAGAAAACGGCCCCCCCUGUUCCACACGUGGCCCACAGCCUAUUUUUACGAGGUCUCCCGCAAGCUCUCUGACAUGUACGGCCGGGAGCUCCGCCUGAAGCGCGCCGUCGUGGAGCAGCUGGCGCACACGGCCGACCGCGACCUGGCCCUGAGCUACCUGUCCAUGUGGCUGCACCAGCCCUACGUGGAGGGCGACAGCAGGCUGCUUCUGGAAAGCAUGCUGCUUGAAACCGGGCACCGAGCGCUGUGACCUCCCAGUGCGGCUCCGCGCUCCUCCGGGCUCUGGACCUCAGCUUCUGCAGCUCCCCCGGUGGACAGUCUUUCGGGUGGGCCCUGUGCUGCACCCCGAUCACGCCCCUGCCGCACCCCGGGAUCACGGCCGAUGCCUCACCCCGGGAUCACGGCCCCUGCCGCACCCCGGGGUCACGGCCCCUGUCGCAACUGGGAUCUCACCUGUGCUCUGGCUCAGCCACCCACUGACCUUCGGAUCUUCCAGACCUGAUCACUUCACCAGCUCUCUGCGGUUAUUGCUGCUGCCUGCCGUCCACCACUCAGCGUCAUCUGCACCUACUGUGAAUUUGUCACUAUGAAGACUUCUGCCCGAAAUAAAUGAGUUCCUCAACAGAA